AUGCAGGAGCACCGUGCCACGAUUGAAGCUCACGUCAAUCAGAGACUUGCAGAAGCCAGUGAUAGAAUGCAUCACCAGUAUAGUACAAAGCAAUCAACUAUCGAAGACUUGCAUGAGAGAAUGGAAGCGUUUGAGGCCAUGUUCAAAAAAGAGAUGCAUGCCCAUCAGCUUAUCCUAGACAGCAAGAGUCUUCUCUUGGAACUUACUAUUCAGAGUCGAGAGGCUCGUAUAGAUGGCAAGGAAAAGAUACAUCCACUGGAUCACAGUCGAGUGAAUCAGACGCAUCAGAUGAAAUCCCUCUCGGCUGCUGUUCGAGGUAUUGCGGAUGCAACAGAGACCUUGAAUGAUUUGCUGCCUCGUGUGCUUGCUCUGGAGACCGCUCAAUUGGCAUCACAACAAACGGCAGCAAAAUCCACAGAGUGUGAAAAGCAAAUCAAAGACUUGUCUCAAAAGGUGGACCAAAUCAAUGCAACAGUCAAAGAUUGCGUUCAAAGAUCAAUGGGAGACCAGUUUACUCUAAAGACGUUGGUUAAACUCAACCGUGCAGCUUUGGAAAGAAAAAUGAACGAGAUGGAAGCAGACAUCAGGGGACAACUCGUUACUCACAAUCAUCAAAUUACUGACACAAUCAAGGUCGUGGCCAAUGCAUCCAUAGUUGUCAAUAAAGAGUUCCGCAAGAUACUAGAACUGGUUCAUAAUGUUUCCGCUUACUGCGCAAAUGUGAAGGAGACUUCAGAUCUCCUUGGUGCGCAAUUACAGUACAUGCUUACAAGACUGACCCAGUUGGAACAAUGGCUUACACAAACAGCAAGCAGUGACAACGAGGCUAUGUCUCCUCAUCAUCAGAUCAUUUUUUACUAG